AUCGAAACCCAGUUUAAUUCUUAAUCCCCUCCCUCCCUCCCUCCCAUCCAUCUCUCUUUUUCUCUCAAAACUCAAUUCGAUUCCCAUUCUACCCCUGCCCUCUCCUCCAAAUUCCAAAUCCGACCGCCACCGCCAACGCCACCAUGUACAGCAAUAUGCUGGUGAACUGCUCCAACUGCCACACCCCGCUCCAGCUUCCGUCGGGCGCCCAGUCGAUCCGCUGCGCCCUCUGCCAGGCCGUCACCCUAAUCGCGGACCCACGCUCCCUGCACUCACUUCCCUCCUCCCACGCGCUCCCACCUCCCUCUCCUUACGGCCACGCGCCUCCCCCUCCUCCCUCGCCCCACAACCACGCGCCGCCGGGGCCUCCGCCGAGCGUGCACGGCCGGAAGAAGGCGGUGAUCUGCGGGAUAUCGUAUAAAUACUCGAGGCAUGAGCUCAAGGGUUGCAUCAAUGACUCCAAAUGCAUGCGGUAUCUCCUCAUCAACAAGUUCAAGUUUCCCGACGAAUCGAUUGUCAUGCUCACUGGGCAAUGGUCGUUUCAUGAACAAGACAAGGGAAUGGUUAAGCGUUGCGUGCUAUUGCAACAAAUUUAUUGGCUUAAUGCUCUCCUGCAAGAAGAAGAAACUCACCCAGCUAAGAUUCCAAAUAAAUACAACAUUAGAAUGGCAUUACAUUGGCUUGUACAAGGAUGCCAACCAGGUGACUCCCUUGUGUUUCACUACUCUGGUCAUGGUUCACGGCAGAGGGCUUAUCAUGAUGAUGAAGUUGAUGGAUAUGAUGAAACCCUUUGUCCCCUUGACUUCGAAACCCAGGGUAUGAUUGUCGAUGAUGAGAUAAAUGCAACAAUUGUUAGGCCCCUUCCACAUGGGGUCAAGCUUCAUGCAAUUAUAGACUCCUGUCAUAGUGGCACUGUACUGGAUUUGCCAUUCCUUUGCAGAAUGGACAGGGGUGGAAAAUAUGUAUGGGAGGAUCAUCGCCCUCGAUCAGGCAUGUGGAAAGGAACAAGUGGUGGAGAAGUUAUAUCUAUCAGUGGUUGUGAUGACGAUCAAACCUCUGCUGAUACAUCAGCUCUAUCCAAGAUCACAUCAACCGGUGCCAUGACUUUCUGCUUCAUCCAAGCAAUCGAGCGUGGACAGGCAGCCACAUAUGGGAGCAUACUCAAUUCUAUGCGUAAUACCAUUCGAAGUACGGGUUCUGGCGGUGGUGGUGGUGGUAGUGCUGUUGCUUCUCUCCUUGGUGGUAGUGGAGGUGCUGUUACAUCGCUUGUCGGCAUGCUUCUAACAGGCGGAAGUGUUGGUGGUGGUGGGCUAAGACAGGAGCCUCAAUUAACUUCCUGUGAGCCGUUCGAUGUGUACACGAAACCUUUCGCCCUAUGAUGUUUUCUGUCUACUCAUAUCAACACUACAUGUAUUUUAGUCUAUAGAUAUUUCAUAUUUGUGAAACAACUUGAUGGGUAAUAAAUUUAUUUAACAUUCUUUUA